AUGCCUCCGCGCCUCCUGUUCCGCCGCCUCCUCUCCACCGCCGUCGCAGCGCCCGCUCCGGAGGCCGCCGCCGCCUCCGCCGCCGCGCCGAGGCCCACCGACCCGGCGCUGCUCGUCCGCCUCUGCACGAUCAUCUACCAGCAGCAGAACGCCCCGGACGCCGCCCUGCAGCGCCGCCUCUCCGCGCUCCCCCUCCCCUCCGCCCCCGCCGACCUCCGCGAGCUCUUCCUCCAGGCGUCCGCGCGGUUCCUGCUCUCCUGGCGCCCCGUGCAGCGCCUCCUCGCGCACCUCACCGCCCGCCACGGCUUCGCGCACUCCCCCGCCACCGCCGCGCGCUUCCUCGACGUCCUCGCCAAGUCCAGCAACGUCGACCUGCUCCACUCCACGCUGCUCGCCCUCCCGCCCGGCCUCCUCUCCGACGCGGCCCUCCGCGCCGCCGUUCGCGGCCUCGCCCCCGCCCGCGAGGUCGGCAAGGUCUCCGCCCUCCUCACCCUCUUCCCCGAGGCGCAGCGCCCCCGCGCGCUCGCCUUCAUCGUCGACGUCAUCUGCUCCGUCUGCAAGCUGCCCGACGUGGCAGAGAAGAUCGUCAAGCAAGCCGAGCACCGGUACGGCCUCGCGCGCUGCGGCAGGUGCUGCGAGCUGCUGGUCGUCGCGUACUGCCGCGCGGGGAUGUUUUCCGACGCGUGCAGUGUGUGGAACGGGAUGGAGAAGCGCGGGAUUGAGCCCGGCGCGGCGGCAUAUCAAGAGAUCGUGGUGACGCUGUUCAAGAACAACCGUAUCCCUGACGCCAUGAAGGUGUUCGACGGAAUGCGGAGGAGGGGAUUGUCUGCCGGCGGUGGUGGCGCGUGCUACCACGCUGUGGUUUCGUGGCUGUGCAAGGAAGGAAGGACCUGUUCAGCGUUCAUGGUGCUGGCCGAAAUGGUUAAGAGAGGGGUGGAGGUGGACGGAGAGGUGCUUGGGGAUUUGGUGUAUGGGCUCUUGGCGAGGCGGAGGGUGAGGGAAGGGUACAGUGUUUUCUAUGGUGUCAAGGAGAAGGAUAUUGCACUGUACCAUGGGUUGAUGAAGGGUUUGGUGAGGACCAAGCGAGCUGGGGAGGCGACUGAGGUGUUUAGGGAGAUGGUUGCCAGUGGGUGUGAGCCAAACAUGCACACAUACAUCAUGAUGCUUCAGGGGCACUUGGGGAAGAGGGGCAGGAAGGGCAGGGAUCCAUUGGUGAAUUUUGAGAGCAUCUUCGUCGGCGGAUUGGUGAAGGCGGGGAGGACACUGGAGGCCACUAAGUUUGUGGAGAGGACAAUGUGGGGUGGAGUGGAUGUGCCGAGGUUUGACUAUAAUAAGUUCUUGCACUACUUCUCGAAUGAGGAGGGAGUAGCGAUGUUUGAGGAGGUUGGAAGGAGGUUGAGGGAAACAGGUCAUGUUGAUCUUGGGGACAUCUUUCUAACCUAUGGCGAGAGGAUGGCCACAAGGGACAGGAGGAGGAGAGCGAUGAAUGGGCGUUUGACAACAGUUGAAGAUUAUAGCUGCUUACCAUCAUCUCAGGAGUCAGAAGCUAGGAGCGUGUGA